AUGUCAGAAGAAAUUCAAUCAUUAUCAAUAGAGAAUAAGUUUCCAUUACAAGGUGUUGUCAUUUUUGUUAGUCAACAAUUAACAAAAAAUAGAACGACUUUACAUCAGCAAUGUACAGAACUUGGUGGAAAAUUUGUUUGGGUAUUUGAUGUACCUUUUACUCAUUAUAUAUGUCAAGGAAAAUUGAGUAAAAGAGGAAAAGAAUAUAAAAAAGUUGAAGAAUAUCGAGCAACAUGUGUACAUCCAGCAUGGUUGAAAGCUUGUCAGAAAUUUGGACAACGUGUAGCUGAAAAAUUAUAUGCUACUACUUAUAAUCCAAAUCGAUCUUUAAAUUUUGUUUCUGAAGAUGAUGAUGAUGAUGAAGACGAAGAGAAUCAUGUUCCUUCAUUAACAACAAUGAAACCUGUAAUAACUUUGAAACGUGUACAAACUUCUCGUAUUAUACCAAUUAUCGAUAAAAAACAAAAAUCUCAUAUUGUCACAUCAAUUCCGACUACUCAACUUUUAUCAUCAUCAUCUCAAGUCAUUCCAUCGUCUUCAAAACCAUUAUCACAAAUUUCGAAUGAAGCAGAAACAAUGCUUAAUGAUCUUGAAUCAUCGCUAGCACAAUUUCUUACUAAUAAUAGCAAUACUAGUACAAUUAUGUCUCGGUCAAUAAUCAAUGAUGAUGAACAAAAUAGAAAAUCAAUUCAAAUAAUUCGAUCAAUAAGUAAUAUUACUGAUGAUAACAUUCAUACUGAUAUCGAACAAUCGAUGCGUGUCGAAUGGCUCGAUGAUGCAAUGCAAGCUGAACGUAAAAAAAUGAUAGAUGAAGAUGAAAAUGGUACUAGCAGUCAACAACAAAUACAAUCUGGAGAAGCACAAAUUAGACAGAAACGACCUCUAGUCGACUCGAAUUUUGAUCACUCUUUUAACAAAAAAAAAUGUCGAAUCUAA